AGCUGUGCAGCUGGUAGUUCGCAGACGGUCCCUUAGCAGGUGGGGCUGGCUUUCUGCUGCUGUUGAUGGUGAGAAGGACUGAGAUCUCAGCUGCCCUCUUGCAGCUCGGGCAAACGGUUCAGUGCCUCGCUCCUGCACACUGGCCGCACUGUGAUGGCAGUGACUGAUUCCAGCCGCCAGGACUGAGUGGGGAAGGCAGCGAGGGACCUUGGUCAGGUAUGAGUAAAAAUGAGACGGCAUCUGAAAAGCCAAAUGACAACAAUCGUGUGUAGUCUUAUGGAGUGUAGCCCUGCGACAGGGCUUGGAGCAGAUGGGAGCUUCCCUGCAGCCAGACCCCUGUUCCAUUCCCCAUGGCACCUCCUGCUGUUAGUGGCUAAGACUGGAGAAGUUGUGAGCAGCCCACCAGCAGAACCCUGCCCCAUUUCCUACAGCACCGCCUGCUGAGAGAGGUUGGGAAUUGUGUAGCUGGGAGCUCUCCCAUCCUGUGUUCCUGUGCUGAUCCCUACAGCGCCAGCUGCUGGGCAAGGCUGGGACUGCACUAGCUAGGAGCUCACUCUGACAGCUACCUGCCCUACACUCAUCUCUGUGGUGCCGCAUGCUGAGAGAGGCUGGGGCUCUAAUAGCUGUGCUCACAGCCAGCUCCACCUGCUGGGGAAGGCCAGGACUGCAGUAGCUGUGAACUCCUGCCCGCUAACGCUCCCCCACUCCCCAACUCCAUCCUGCCCCGAUGGACUCUGCCCAGGUGUUUUGCAGGGUCUGUGUGGAGGCAUAGAUGGACAGCAUGUACUUGGCUGAGCCUGCGCCCGGGGGUGCCAGCCCCAUCUCCCUGGAUGUCCUCAGCUUCCUGGACCCACUGGCGAACAGCACAGAGGAGCAGUGCUUCAGCGCCCGCUCCCGGAGCACGGUCCUGCAGGGGCUGCCAUUUGGCGGCGUGCCCACCGUGCUCGCCAUCAACUUCAUCCUCUGGCUGCUCCUCCUCCUGGUCUUCUCCUGCCUUCGGAAAGCAGCUUGGGACUAUGGGCGCCUGGCCCUGCUGAUGGAUAAUGACAGCCGAAUCCCUCCAAGCACAUGGAAUUCCUACGACUUGACGUCACUGUUCUACGGGGAGCAGAGUGAGAAGGAGAAAUCACCGUCGGAGACCAGCCCGCCGGAUGUCGAUAACAAAGAUGUGGGAUUCUGCUCCUGGCUCAUUUCCAUCUACCAAAUGAAGGAUGAGGAGCUCCAGAGCAAGUGUGGAAUCGACGCCACCACCUACCUCUCUUUCCAGCGCCACAUCCUGGUGCUGGUCAUGAUCGUCUGUGUGCUCUCUGUGGCCGUCAUUCUGCCUGUCAACUUCUCUGGGGACCUCUUGGGAAGCAGUCCAGCUCACUUUGGCCGGACGACCAUCACCAACGUCCCAACACAAGACCGUCUCCUAUGGUUGCACAGUAUCUUCGCUCUCAUCUAUUUCAUUAUCACCAUCCUCUGUAUGGCUCAUCACUCUGUCCAGCUCGAAUACAAGGAGGAUGAGAAGGUCGCACGGACACUGAUGGUCACCCGGAUUCCCAAGGAGAUCACAGACUCCUCCCUUGUCAUCAAGCAUUUUCACGAGGCCUAUCCCAGCUGUACUGUCACCAAUGUCCAGUUCUGCUUUGAUGUUCGCAAGCUGAUGAAGCUGGAUGGAGAGAGGCGCAAGGCGAUGAAGGGACGACUUUACUUCACUACCAAGGCACAGAAAGAGGGGAAAAUCAUGAUCAAAACUCAUCCCUGCGCCCGCAUCUUCUGCUGCCGCAGCUGCAACUUUGAACAGGUGGAUGCUGAGCAGUACUACGGGGAGCUGGAGGAGAAACUGACCGAUGAGUUCAAUGCUGAGCGCAACCGCAUCUCGCUCAAGCGUCUUGACAUAGCCUUCGUCACUUUCCAGGAUGAGAGGAUGACAGCAGUGAUUUUGAAGGAUUACAGCCGCAUCCACUGCCGCAGGCACCCACAGCAAUCCUCCGUCACCACGGUGGUAAAGUCCCACAGCUGGGGCGUCCGCUAUGCCCCCGCCCCCAGUGACAUCAUCUGGGAGAAUUUAUCUGUCCGUGGCACGUCAUGGUGGGUGCGAUUUGUCCUCCUCAAUUUCUGCCUCUUCAUCCUCCUCUUCUUCCUCACCACACCUGCCAUCAUCGUCAACACCAUAGACAUGUUCAACGUGACGCGGCCGGUGGAGAGCCUCAAGAAUCCCAUCCUCACCCAGUUCUUCCCCACGCUGCUGCUCUGGGCCUUCUCUGUGUUCCUGCCCUUCGUCGUCUACUAUUCCGCCUUCUUUGAGUCACACUGGACCAGGUCGAAUGAAAAUCAAGUCACGAUGCACAAGUGUUACUUCUUUCUGGUGUUCAUGGUGAUCAUCCUGCCCUCACUGGGGCUGACCAGUUUAGAUCUUUUCUUCCACUGGCUCUUUGACAUUCACUUCUUGGAUGAGGCAAAUAUCAAGUUCCAGUGCGUUUUCCUCCCUGAUAACGGCGCUUUUUUUGUCAACUACGUCAUCACGUCCAGCCUGAUUGGGACAGCCAUGGAGCUGCUGCGCAUCCCCAGCCUCAUCGUCUAUGCAACCCGCCUCUGCUUCGCCAAGUCUGAGCCAGAGCGGCUCCACAUCAAGCGGAGCCAAGCCUAUGAGUUCCAGUUCGGGCUGGAGUACGCCUGGACCUGCUGCAUCUUUGCUGUCGUCAUGACCUACAGCAUCACCUGCCCCAUCAUCGUCCCCUUUGGUUUGCUCUACAUGCUGCUGAAGCACAUGGUCGAUCGCUACAACAUUUACUACGUGUACAUCCCCACCAAGCUGAACCAGCGCAUCCACUCAGCGGCCGUCAGCCAGGUGGUGGUGGCACCCAUCCUCUGCAUGUUUUGGCUGCUCUUCUUCUCUGUCCUGCGUCUAGGUCCCAUCCGUCCCAUCACCCUCUUUACCUUCGUGGUUCUUCUAUCCUGUGUCCUCUUCUCUUUCUUUGGCCUGUGUCUGAAGAAGCUGCAGCCAAGGAAGCCCUCCAGCUACCAGAUGUCCGAGCAGUCAGAAGGGGCCUUCAAUGAUACGGAAAGAAGCAGCAUCUCCUCAACCCCUAACUCAAAUAUGUUCGUGGCCACGGUGCUGCAGGAGCCGGAGCUGAGCCUGACGCCGGCUGCCUCCCCAGCUCACCAGUCCUACGGCACAAUGGGCAACCGGCUGGAGCCGGUGGAGAACAGCGAGGAGGGCGGCCUGCAAAGCUUUGAGACGGAGCUGGAGACUGUGGAGGGUGAAUUCAGAACCGGGCCCGUGCUGGAGGACCAGGUCCAUUACCACUGAGCGGCCGCCCACAGCGGCAACACCAGCUGGACAGAAACACCGACAUCAAGUAUUGAGAACGGGGGGGAACUCUAUCUUGUAGGCCCCAAGCUUCCUGAGCUGCCAUGUCGACCCUGCCACCUGCUCUCAGGCUCUGGCGAGGGUCCAGUGCCGCUAACAGGACCAGAUGCAACACUGCUGAAGAGCAGCGGCUUUUCUGGCCUGCGAGAGCCCAAGCCCCAGUGCUGGGGUGGUGGCCUCCUGCUCAUGCACACAGAUAAUACUGGGGUCUAGGGUGCAGUGGUGGAGACAGAAUGGAACAGAGGGAGAGACCCCAGGAGGCCUCCUGCUUCCAUCCUGUGCUCCAGCUCUGAGCAGCUGAAGCCGAUUGCUAGUGCAUCUCAUGCUCAGUAGCCUGCCUGCCAUCUCCUGGCUUUCCCUUCUCCUGGAGUCAGAGUCAGCCACAGACCUCAGGCACCCCUCUUUGCUUUCCCUACCCUUCCCUCUGGUUCAGCAUCCCUUUGGGAAGGAGGGGUGCAGGAGAGGGGGUGGCCCCAUUGCGCCAGGGCAGACGUAGCUGUGAACCUUUUUUAUCAACGUAUUUUGGAAGAUUGGGGGGUUGGCACGGGAUUGUUCUCCUGCUGCCAAGGGAAAAUGGCCAGAGAGCACCAAUGAAUGUGUCCAAUGCAGAAGCAAAGGCCUGCAGCUCUUUGGUUGCCACAGGCGCCAACCAGACUCAAGUGCAGAUGCCAAAUCCGUAGCUUUGUGGUGCGCUCACUCGCUGCCCCAAGGAGCAGGGCAGGGGAGUUGCCCUUCAGCUGGGCCCCGGCGCCAGGCCUGGGUGUCGUCUGUUCCUUCCCCCCCAUGUCUGCUUGUGGCUGUGUGUGUGUGUGUGACUGCUGAAUGCUGUCUUUGGGGCUCCUUGCCUUGGUUCAGUGUCAGAGGUGGGGCCUGUCACCAGGCUCCCCAUAGCACAGGGUAAGGGAGAAAGAAAGAGGGUGGGCGCCAGGGGGAGCGUGCUGAGGCCAGGAUGGAAAAACAAGCAGCAAAAGGAGAGUUGUGUGCCCUGAAGCAUUAACUCUUUGUACAGCAGCAUGUUCCAGACUGCCGGCUCUUUGGGCAUGACCCCCAGAGAUGCAUGUAGGCUCCAAGGGCUUAAUUAAGGAGGCAGCUGGGAGUGGGGGCGGGGGCUCUAUACGUGCAGGGGCUUAUGCAUGUGAUUGAACAAGCUCCUUUGGGGAACCCUUCUGGGAAAUCUCUGGGCUGGAAAAACCUCUGCCCCCAUCACCUGGAUUUGAGAACACAGAGCAGCCUCACGCUGGAAAUUCCCAAGAUGGCUAAUGAAAGCUUGCUGUCACUUCGCUGCUGGAUGGUCACCCCCUCCUUUUCCCCCCAGCAGCUGCUGCUGAAUGACCUGCACUGGGCAAAGAGCUAGGGGAAGGCAAGUCAGUGCCAGACUAGUGACACUGGUAGAGGACUUUUAUACUGCCCAGUCUCACCACCUGUCUCAGAAAUGCAGCCACCUCGGGCAUGGGCUGCUGCAACUGUUUAACAAGUACCCAGCAACACUGCACCAGUGCUAAUGCCAGCAUCCAAAGCAUGGUUCUGUCCAAUUGCAGCAGCUUAUAAUCCAGGGUCAGUGACUUCUUAUGCCCCCUCACCUCCACCCCAAGCUCAUGCUGUUCCCCCAGUGAGACAGGCAUCAUGCCUUCUGCCAUGCAUGGAGGAGCCACCUGCCCAAGGCUGAGAAACACAGAGCAUGCUCAAAAUGUUUGGAUACUUGUUGGCAUGGCAGGCUGCAAGCAAGGGGAGGGGUGUUCGCUGUAGGACCCCAUGCCACUUGGCAGGUUGUUGUCACCUUCAAGAUCCACCUGUGCAGAGAGUCAUAAGCCUAUUUGAAGUUGCAGGAUGUUCAGCCAGGGGCUUGGUUCAGCUGCAGUUUGCGCCUCAGGGAGGGGUCAGCUAGUGCUUACUCUUGAGGGAAUUCUGCACCAAAAAAAUAAACAUUUUGCGCACAAUAAAAUUUUGCAAAAUUCUGCAAAUUUUAUCUGUCAAUAAUAAAUGUGGCAGCGCCAGCAUGGCAGUGGGGCGGACAGGCACUCACCCUGCAACACCGCCCCCCCCCCUUCCCAAACCCUAUCCCUAUGACAUGGAUGCAGUGGUGAGGCUGCUCCAGACCCUCAAGGGCCGGGCCUGCCCCAGAAACAGGGGGCCCUCUUCCCCAACCCCUGGCACACAAGGUGUGGGCAGGCACACUCAGCCCAGCAGGUGCCUAGUGUGGGGGGGGGGAUCCACGUGUGGAUUGAGAGGGUUCUGUAUGGGGGCAGUAUGAGUGCAGGUGGCUCAGCGAGGGAUCCGGAUGCAUGGGGUGGGGUGGAAUCUCGAUGCACAGGGGCUUGUUUUGGGGCGGAGGGGUUCCAAGUGCAGGGGCAAUGGGAUGCUGCAGGGGAAGGGCCAGGUGCUGUGAGCUCAUCAGCGUGGGCUAGGUACAAGGGGCGGGGGCUUGUCAGGGUGGGGGAUUGAGUGUGUGUGUGUGUGUGUGUGUGUGUGGUGGUCUGGCUGCAGGGGUGGAUGGAGGGGUGUUGCAACAGGGUGCAAGGAGGCUCCAGAUGCAGGGGGUGAGGCUCGGCAGGCUGAGAGUUCAGGUGUGGGCGGCUUGUUUGGGCGGGUAAGGCUUGCAAGGAGGGGCAGAUGCACAGGGGUUAGGCAGACUGGGGAGCAGCACCAAGUACAGUGACCCGCCCCCUCCCCCAGUGGCUGAGGCGUGAUGGGAGUUGGAAGUCGGGGGGGUGGGGGGCACAGAGCAUCCUGCAGCCAGGGUAGGUUUCUGGGGGUGGGUCUGACCCAGCCUGGGACUAGCAGCUGACCCGGCGGCACUGCUGUGGUGUACGGGCAUGCAAUGACUUAUGGUUUCCCUUUGCUUCCCCGUCAAAAAGUCAUUUUUCUGCAGGGAAGCAAAAAAAAAAAAAAUUGCCUGGGGACAUGAAUUCUGCACACACCCACUGGCACAGAAUUCCCCCAGGAGUAUAUGAGCAUCAAGCCUGGUAGCUACAUAGCUGACCAUUCACUGAGCUGUGCGGCUACAGGCUGAAUUCAGCCCUGCCAACAACUUGCUCCAAGUUGCGGGCGGGAGGGAGGCAGGCAUGCAAGUUGCCCUCUGAACACAUUACAGAGUCCUGUCUGUCACCACAGCCAACAAAUAAAACCGUGACUUAAAAACAAAGGGUGAGGGAAUUAAAAAAUAUAUUGGCUCCCCUGCUGCUGUCAAAGCAGCCAUGAUGCCACAACCCUCUUGCAGAAACUGGGCUCUGGGCCCAUGGGCAGGGUAGUUACCACUCCCCAUUCCCAGAGCUGGUCUGGCUGUGGGGAUGAUGCUGGUGCACAAAUGAGGAUCCAAGCAAAAGGGAGCGGGCCUGGUCCCCUUAGUGUGGUUAGAAAGGCCAGGGGGGUGGGGGGGGAAGGCGGUGAAAGGGGCACAGCUCUGUCCCCAGGGGACAGGACACAGGCAGGAGUGGGAGCAUUUACUGCUCAGCAUCUAAAAAAUGUUCUCCAGUGAGCACAAGGUGAGUAUAGUAAGCCAGGCAGCCUGUCUGCACCCCUGAGGGUGGUGGGUGGUUGAAGCGGGAGUGGGGGGGGGCUCAGCUCCUUAGGGCCGGGCUUCAGCCUCCCACGCACCACUCCUGUGUCACAUUAGCCCUCAGUCAUGCCCACGGGUGCCAGAGGGAGCGUGCUGAUGGGUGGCAUGGGACAGUGGCAGUGAAAAGUCAUAGUAGCACUGAGGCCAGGGACAGCAGCUCCCAAGAAUGGGACUUGGGAUGGCAAAUUUGGAAGGGGGGAGUGGGGGGGAAUGAGCUCCAAAAGCAGAGAUGCUGAUGCAAUGGAUGACCCUCCCAUUGUCUGUGUGCACAUGGCCACAUCACAAACCCCUCCUGGACUCAGUGCCUGGAGCACUGUUGGUAUCUCAUAGCCCAUGAUAACCCCCACCCCUAGCAGCCAUUCAGCCAAACACUCAUCUGUCCCUUUGCAUAUACACCCCUCCAUUCCCCACCUCAUACAUCCCCAUGUAUACAGUGGUGUCUGCACAGCUCCACCCACCUCACCCCAGCCAGCUACUCCCUGGCCAUCACCACCACCCCCAUCCAACUGAGCCCCUGUCUAAACUCACCCUGUGCUGUCUCCAUCCACUGGUUGUUCUGGCCCAGUUCUGGGGGAAGGUGGAUUGUUCCUUAUGCUGCUUCUGUUGGAGCCAGUUUGAUGCUAUCAGCACCUGAUCAACUAACCUCAACGCCUCUCGCUCUUUUGCUGUUUCUCUGGUAUGGAAGCAAAGUGCCUGUGAGUGGUAUGGUGUCCUUGAGGAGCUCUGGUUCCUUGUCUGACUUUCCCUUGGCUGUCACACUAUAGGAAUGUGCCAGAGUUCUGUACCUUUCUUGUUAUUUAUUGCUAUGACCGUGCCUUGAAUAAAAUGACUUCGCCCAGUC